AGCAGAUCGGCGGUUGAGCGGCCUGGUUGGCUGGCGGGUACACAAACGGGCGACGACGCACGGCGACCGCGAGCGUGCAGGGCAAAUGCCGAGCACGCAAACGCGACCGACGAACGGACGGCACGCAUGGGAAUAGGAUGGGCGAGACAAGUGCAAGACGGCGGGCGAGUCGACAGGUCUGCGGCCGGGGCACGGAAACACGACACUCGCCGACUACGAGCACACAGGCCGAAUGCGCUGCGUGCAAACGCAGCCGUCCCCUGUAGUUUCCUAUUUUAUUCGUCUCUCAAAUCUCAGGCCUUGUAAGGAUGCCCACACAACAACAACACGAAAUGCCCACGUCGGGACCCAACCCUGUAACUCCAAGACGCGCUCGGCUGCAUGCAGACCGUCUAUCACAGGAGGCGAUGAGUCCCACACGAUGGAGAACACCGUAUCACAACUUCUCUCGCCAGCAUACAGCCCCCACAAGCGAUCUCACAGCGCGGCGGUGCCGGCAUUCGGGCAUAGAGCAGGCAUUCCUCAGGUCUCGCAACAUCGAGUCGGACUCGAGAAGCACCAGCCACUGGAAGCGCUGCUCAGACGAUGUCAGACGACAGAUGCCUACCUGCUCAAGCGAUGCGAUGCGAGGAGGUUGGCGGUAGUGAUGACAUCUUUGGGUAAAUUCCUUUGGCGCCACCGUCUACGUCUACUGUUCGGCCAGGAACACAAGCACAGAACUGCAGAACACCAACCAUUCGAUGCUAUGCACAUUCAUUCGCUAAUCUUGUUCGCAUUCGCAUGGCACGCGACUGGGAGCAGACAUGUCGACGAAGAGACCAUUGAUCGCGCCUGCUUACUCGCUCAUUCUCGCACACAGACGCAGGGCAUUAAUGCUACUCGCUUCGCGUGGCCGACCGUAUUCGUCACUGCCUCAUGCACAGCACGAACAUGGCAGUGUACUGAGUGGCCUUCUAAGUUAGCAAGGGGCUCGAGCUACGGUUCUAUGUUUCUGCGGACUCAUACUGUACGUACACGGUACAGUUGAAUAUGCAAUAGCAGUCCAUCAAGGUUCUGACUUUUUCGAGUGACUACCGAUACUGUGGCACCGGUGGACUCGGGAGACACAGUCAGCUACAGAACCUUGAAGCCUCUACGCCCAUCGACAUCAAGAAGCCUAGUUACUACAUGUGUCACUUUCCUUGGCAUCUCAAGACGGCCAUGAAUGUGGUGAAAUACCGCACGCC